AUGUCAAAUAUUGCGUUUACUCGGAUUCAGCGAGAAUGUAAAGAAGUUGUGACGAACAAGGAGAUCGCCGAGACGGGCAUCAUGAUCGAAAUCCUCAACGACUCGCUGUCGGAGAUUAAGGGCCAGAUCCGAGGACCGCCGGACACUCCAUACCAAGGAGGCUCGUUUGACUUGGAGAUCAAGAUCCCCGACACCUAUCCCUUUACACCGCCGAAGAUCAAAUUCCUUACCAAAAUUUGGCAUCCUAAUAUCAGCUCACAAACGGGAACUAUUUGUCUUGAUAUACUUAAGGAUCAAUGGGCUGCAUCACUAACACUACGCACAGUUCUGUUAAGCAUUCAAGCAUUAAUGUGCUCACCGGAACCAAAGGAUCCACAAGAUGCCGUCGUUGCUAAACAAUAUAUGUCGAAUCCAUCACUGUUUAAGGAAACGGCAAUAUUUUGGACAAUCAGAUAUGCGAAAGGGAAGGCUGAAGAAAAUCCGCAGUAUAGAGAGCACGUUGAAAAACUACGGGACAUGGGUGUGACAGAGGACGAAGCGAUCUCCGUACUAAGCUGCAGUAACUGGGAUCUAGCCAAAGCGACUGAUUACAUUUUCUCGUGA